AAACAAACAAUUAGCGAAGCGAUAACGCCAAAGCCAACUGCUUAAAUCGUUCUUUUUAUCUCUCAGUUGCUUAAAUCCAGGGAUAAUCAAAAGAAGAAAAAUGGCAAACCCAUUGAAGCUGUAUUUGACUUGCGUAAGGAACACUCUUGAAGCUGCUAUGUGUCUCCAGAAUUUUCCUUGUCAAGAAGUUGAGAGGCAUAACAAGCCAGAAGUUGAACUAAAGACAAGCCCAGAACUUCUGCUAAAUCCUGUUUUGAUAUGUCGAAAUGAGGCUGAAAAAUGCUUAAUAGAAACAUCUAUCAAUUCACUAAGGAUAAGCCUCAAGGUAAAACAGGCUGAUGAACUUGAAAAUAUCCUAGCUAAAAAGUUUCUUAGGUUUUUGUCAAUGAGGGCAGAAGCAUUUCAAGUUUUGAGAAGAAAACCAGUACAGGGUUAUGACAUCAGUUUCCUUAUCACAAACUACCACUGUGAAGAUAUGCAGAAACAAAAGCUCAUCGAUUUUAUCGUGCAAUUCAUGGAGGAUAUCGAUAAAGAGAUAACUGAAUUGAAAAUGUCGGUAAGUACGCGAGGAAGGCUGGUGGCUACGGAGUUUUUAAAGCAGUUUCUUUAACCGAUUCGAUAUUAGUAUUAGUAUCAUAUCUGAAUGAAUAUGGGUUUCAUUGCCCACAAUUGUGAUCCCUUGUAGAUCAGUAGCCACUGUUAGGUAUUCUUGAUCAAACGAAGACAAUUUCAUCUUUAUAUAUGUA